GCUACUGGCUGUUCAGAUCUGUCUCGUUUGAAGGCUAUUCUCUGACAGUUCAUCGUCCAUCGCUUUGCCAGGAUGAAGCUCUUGCCAACAGUGCUAGUAGUUUUGUCAAUUUUGGCUGUAACGUUCAUGGCAGACAGUAAGCAAAGCGGGCAGGGUUCAGAGAGUGGUCAAAGUAACAGUAGCAGUGCAGAGAGUGCGGAGAGUGGCGUGGAGAGCGGCGACAGCAGCGGCAGCGAGAGCGAAGAGAUAAAUCCCAAUUCAUGUACCAGGGAGGACCAAGGUACCUGCGCAGGUGACACAUUGGACCCAUGCUCCUGUCCCGAUGGGUUCAGCCGCUGUGCCGGCCGCUGCUAUGGUUUCGUCAACGAAACGGUCAACUUUACCGCAGCAGCGGAGAACUGCGCCGCCCUCGGGGCUCAUCUCGCCACGCCCAGGAGCGCGGAGGAGAACCUGUGCUAUUCGAAUGCCAGUUCGGGAUUUGUAUUGCGGUCCGGGUCCUGGAUGGGCUACCGUGGUAAUUCGAGCCUGGCUGCCUUCGUGGGAGAGGAUGGCUGUGGGCCGGUUGGUAAUUAUUCCAAUUUUUUUGUUGAACCAACUUCCUUCGAUGACAACCAAUGUGUCCUGACGAGUGACACCAGUGCAGAAGACGGAAAGGUUUGGAUGAACGUUCCCUGUGCUUUCAUCUCGGCUUUCGUAUGCCAGCUGGAGUUCUGCUACCGACCUGAGUGUGAGUAGAACUUCCACCGAAAGAGGAUCUGAUGGCCGCUACUGCUCCAUGUUUUCGUAGAAGCAAGACCAGAGGACAAGGAGACGGAUUUGACCGGCAGUGUUGUGUUGCCUCACUCUAAAUUGUCCACUUUACGGAUUUUCCGUGUUGAGACCUUCUAGUUUUUGACACUGCACUCAGGCUCGGAAAACCCUCUAUCUUACCGAUUGGUAUGUCAGAUAGGUACACAUUCUGUAGCUUAUUGCAUUUUUUUGGGGGGGAGGGGGCAAUUCAACUAUUUAGAGCACCUGCUUUGGCUGAGCUGAGAUGCACUGAUAUCCUACCUGUUACCGUGCUCUGUGGUUUUGUUUUAUCACUGUUUGUCUGGCUAUGUAUAAUAAAUGAGGUUAUCGGGACUCUGGUAAUCACUCAAAU